AUGGCCCCAGAACGCGGGUCCUCCUCUAAACGCAAACACUCUCCGUCAGAACCCGCAGACGGGAGUGAGUCGUCGCAGCCGCGCGCGUCCAAGAAGGUAAAGGUAAAGGCAAAGGCAAAGGCGUCACCGGAGGAUGUGACGUCUGCCAGCGCGCAGCCGACGAACAAGGUGCUGCCCGUGCACAUCCAGUUCGCACCGCGCGUGCCCGGCACGCUCAGGAUCGCGACGUGGAACAUAUGUGGGCUGGCCGCCGCCACGAAGAAGGGUUUCAAGUAUUAUGUCGAAGCGGAAGACCCGGAUAUCCUCGUCCUGACGGAGACGAAGGUCAACAACGAUCCAGUGGACCCUGCGCUCACGAAUCGUUUCCCAUAUCGUCACUGGUCGAUAGCUGACAAGAAAUCAUACUCUGGUACGGCUAUUCUUUCCAAGCACAAGCCAUUGUCUAUGUCUACCACGCUGCCUGGGCACCCGGACCCAAGCCUCGUCAAGGGGAGGAUAGUCACGCUCGAGUUCGAGCAUUGCUAUGUUAUCGGGACAUAUGUUGUGAAUGCCGGGGCAGAUCUGAAGACUCUGGACGCGAAAAAAGAGUGGAAUGUACAUUUUGAGGCAUAUAUCCACGAUCUCGACAAGAAGAAACCAGUGAUUUGGACUGGCGAUCUGAACGUCGCUCCUGCAGAGAUGGACCUUGCAAAUGCAAAGAGGAAUUGGAACAAGACUGCCGGAUAUACCGAAGCUGAAACGACAGCAUUUGCGCACAUCCUGGACCCAGGCACAGACUCGGACGAAGGCAAAUUUGUCGACGUCUGGAGGCGAUUCCAUCCCGAGGAUCGACAUUACACAUACUUCUCGUACCGUUUCAAUUGCAGGGCCAAAGGCAUUGGAUGGAGGAUUGACAUGUUUGUGCUGAGCGAGCGCAUGGUAGAUCGCGUCAGGCUGUGCGAGAUCAGGAGCGACAUCUACGGGGCGUCUGACCACUGCCCUGUUGUGCUAGAGAUAGAAGGCGAGCUGUAG